UUGCAGGAGCAGUCUGGUUUCUGGGCAAAGCAAGCCACACCGGUGAAUUUGGAAAGGCAUACAAGGGAAUCUCGGUGUGGUUAGAUUGCUAGUGUGUCAAAACACGGCGGAGAUUUUCAGCUUGCUUCUUGGUUUUAGUGUGCUGUCUUAUGCUGAGCUGUAAUAAAUUUAUGCUUGUUGGUACUACCGUGUGGUAUGUGGGAGGUACCUCGCUGCACAUAGUUGCUGCAGUGCUAAAUAGUUGGCAGCACAGAAGGCAGCACAAAGAGUUCCGAUUGUGGACACUUGCAGUUGCAACGUUCCCUUGGAGGCUGUGGCAUGCUCAGUGAGCUGCAGUGACACUCCUGACACCUUCAUUCACUUGUGUGUGGGAGUGGGAGUUCCUGUGCGCUGCAACAAGCUGCUGUAGGCUACUGGCUGGGAGGUACAACAGCAUAGCUCAGGCUGGAUGGAAAAUAGUACUUAUGCUGCUGUGUAAACAAAACAAGAUCUGAGUAUCAAGAUGGCUGACCUGGAAGCCUACUUGUAGCUCAUGCUACUUAUGCAAAUGAGCUGCAUGUCAGUGGCUUUCCCACAGGAGGAAGUUCAUUUGGCACGUGUCAAGUUCUCAUCAGGGUCAAGAUGGAUGGCACAGAUGAACCUCAAAAAAAGGUCUUCAAAGCACGAAAAACAAUGAGAGUAAGUGAUCGACAACAACUUGAGGCUGUCUAUAAGGCUAAAGAGGACUUGCUGAAGACAGCUGAAGUUAAACUGUUAAAUGGAAAGCAUGAGAAUGGAGAUUCUGAUAUAAAUUCCUCUCUAAGCAAUACAGACUGUUUGGAGGACAAGAAGGAAGUUAAUGGCCUAGUGGAUUUUUGUCUUAACUCUGAAGAAGGAAGAACAACUUCCAACGAAAUUAGGGAAGUCAAAAGUCCUGAAAGUAGUGCAGAGAGUGUAGUGAGUGGCCUAGAACCUAAACCACGAACACUGUCUCCAGCAAAUGUUACGCCUGAGCAGAAAACUGAUACUGCACUAGCUCGUGAGGCUGAAAAUGGAGUGCUUGGUAGCAAUAAAUUCCACGAAGAAAAUAGUAAAAAAGAUCGUUUGGACCAAAGAGAGAGUAACACUCCAUCAGAAGGUGAAAACAAACCAAGCUGUGAUAAUAGUGACUCUUCAGAAGAGACAGGACAGAUAAAUGACAUAAUUGGUAAUUCUCAUUCAUCUGUUGAAGAGGAAAAGAGGGAUGAAGAAGUAAGUAUUGAAGAUGCUGUUGGAGAAGCAGCCAUCUCUAGCAGUAUGGAAGCUGACCAAGAACCAAAGGAUGAUAGAGACAGCACUGGAAGUCUUUCAGAAACCACAGCUAAGAAGGCAAUAGAUCAAUCAAGUGGAGGUAUCCUGGAGAAUUCUGACUCUAUGGAAACUGAUGAAAUUAUUCCAAUUUUGGAAAAAUUAGCCCCUGCUGAAGAUGAGCUGAGCUGUUUUUCUAAAAGUUCUCUGCUUCCAGUAGAUGACACUGCCCCAGAUUUAGAUGAGAAAAUGGACAACUGUUUGGGUUCACCAUCAAAGCAAGAAAGCAAUGAAAAUCUGCCAAAGGAGGCUUUCUUAGUACUGUCUGACGAAGAGGAUCCUUGUGAUGAGAAAGAGUGUGCUGAAGUGAUACUAUCAAACAAGUCAAGUCUUCCAGAAGAGAUGGAGGAGGAAAGAAAGAGUAAGGAAGAGGACAAAGACAGUGAAGAUGCUCACAAAGAUGAUGACAAACACACAGAGAGAAGUGAAGUGUCCAGGAGAAAGCGUUCGAAAUCUGAGGAUAUGGACAGUGUACAUUCUAAACGUCGUCGGUAUGUGGGAGAAGAUUAUGAAGCAGAACUCCAAGUAAAAAUUACAGCCAGAAGAGAUGUUGACCAAAAAUUACAAAAGGUUAUCCAGAGACUGUUAGAAGAAAAACUUGCUGCUUUACAGUGUGCUGUAUUUGACAAGACUCUGGCAGACUUGAAAAUGAGAAUAGAGAAAAUAGAAUGUAACAAGAGGCAUAAAACUGUGCUUACUGAACUACAGGCUAAGGUUGCUAGAUUGACAAAGCGGUUUGGUGCAGCCAAGGAGGACUUGAAGAAAAGACAGGAAAACCCACCAAACUCACCUCUGUCUCCAGUGAAAGCAGCAAGUGACACUGUGAGCACAACCAAUACGACAUACCGAAAUGCUGGCACAGUGAGGCAGAUGUUGGAGUCGAAGAGGAGUGUAGGAGUGAGCACAACAACGACGUUUCAAGCCUCUCUAAGUACAGUACCAGCUUCCACUUUCGUUGCUCCUCAAAUACCUGGCAGUGGACAUCCUAAGCCUCAGACUCCAGUGACCUCCAGCCCUUUGACAACAACAGUUCUUUCCACAGCUAACACAGCUGCAGUUGUGGGCACAAGCCAAGUGCCCAGUGGCAGCACUCAGCAAAUGUCUGUUUCAUUGCAGUCUUUGCCCGUAAUCUUGCAUGUACCUGUUGCAGUGUCAUCCCAGCCUCAGCUUCUUCAAGGCCACACAGGAACUUUGGUCAAUAACCAGCAGUCAGGCAGCGUUGAAUUUAUAUCUGUACAAAGCGCAUCUACAGUAGGUGGCCUUACCAAAACUACAGUGUCUUUGGCAUCAACUAACACAACUAAACCAAAUAACAGCCCAUCUGUGCCCAGUCCCAGUGUUCAGAGGACCUCUCCAGCCAGUGCUGGAUCUAUAGGGACAACUUUGGCAGUACAGGCUGUUCCAACUGCACAUCCUGGUGCACAGACCACAAGAACUUCUUUGCCCACAGUGGGUACUUCAGGACUUCAUAAUUCUACCAGCAGUCGAACUCCCUUACAGAUGAAGAUUCCCCUCUCUGCAUUUAGUAGUACAGCUCCUAUUGAACCUCCCACCAUUACAGCGCCCAGAGCUGAAAACCAGACAAGCAGGCCAGCAACAGAUACUUCGGCAAACAAGCGAACUGCUGAGGGAACAACCCAGCUCUCAGAACAAAAAGUAGUUCGCUGUGUGCCGUAUACCUGUGGCAUAUUUGAUGGUACAACUUUGAUCAAUUGUUUCGAAAAGCAGUUGAAACAUGAAGAGACCUCAUCAGAAAAUAAAGAAGCGAUAGAAGCAGCACAGAGGAAUUUUAACUUCCCCGAGGAUGUCCUCUUUGGCUUGGAGGAAGAGGAAGAAGAUGCUAAGAGCAUCAAAAACACCCACAAGCAGACUGGCUGGGCAGCUAACCUAUUAAAACAGUGGCUGGCCAAAAAUGGCAAGGAUCCUAGCUUUGAAUUGGUCCCAGUAAGUGAACUCAAUGAUAUUCUAAGAGAGUUCUAUUACACGAUAAGGAAUCAUGAUGGAAAUACCUACAGUGUGGCAAGCUACAAGUCAAUGCGUGCUGGCUUAAACCGGCAUCUCAAAAUGCCACCGUAUAAUCGUCAGAUUUGCUUAAUGAAGGACAAAGAGUUUGCUAGUGCAAACAUGGUAUUUGUGAGCGUGCUGAAGAUGCUGCGCAUGCAGGGAAAGGAUGAGACUCACCACCAUCCUCCUAUAGCUGCUGAGGACUUGCGUAAAAUUAAACAGUCUGGUGUGCUGGGAUUGCACAGUCCCCUGGCACUCGUCAACAAGGUGUGGUUUGAUUUGCAGUUGCAUUUUGCCAAACGAGGGAGGGAAAUUUUAAGAGAUCUGGCUCCAGAUGCUUUUGUUGUUGAGAAAGACAAGAAUGGGCGUCGAUAUGCCAUGUUUAGGUAUCCUGGCAAAGGAAAAAAUGGAGAAGAUCCUCAUAAAAUGGGUAAAAUGUAUGAUAUGCCAGGGGACCCAAACUGUCCUGUUUUAUCCUUGGAGCUUUAUUUGUCUAAGUUGCCUCCGGAGCCCCCUGCCUUUUACCUGCAUCCUUUAAAGCUAACAUCAGAGCAAAUGCAAGAACAGCCAGUAUGGUACAAAAGAGAACCAAUGGGUGUGAACUACUUAGGUACGAUGAUGCCCAGGAUAAGUGUGGCAGCCAGGCUCUCCCAGCGAUAUACCAAUCAUUCGCUCCGAACUACCACCAUCCAGCUACUGUGUGAAGCAGGACUGGGGCCUAGAGAAAUAAUGGCAGUGACGGGCCAUCGCUCGGAGUCUGCUAUUAGACACUACUGGGGAGCUGCAGAAGUUCGCUACAGGGCUUGGUCAGAUAUAAUGGAGAAUAACGCCCCCAGUUACCUAUAUAGCAAGAUCCCAAAUGAAGUCAUAAAAGAAUCACUGUCUGGUGCCUCCACCUCUUCUAUAAAGCAUGUUGUUGUAGAACGAGGCAAAAUUUUAUUUCCUAAGAAAUCUGGGGUGAUACCUGGCAAUAGUUCUGUGACUUUAGUCCCUAAGGGACAUACAACUCACAAAUCUAAAAGCCCCAUCCUGUUGAACCACAGUUCUUCCAAGGUGUUUCUCCCAACGAACAUAGACAGUGUGAACCUAACUGACAGUCCCCUUCAAGGCUGUUGUAAUGAUCCUGUCUUUAUAAAACGUGUGAUAAAACAAGAACCAAUGACUUGAUGCUUCUGUAAUGGAACUGAUUUUGAAUGAGUUACUAAAAUGAAAAAAUUAUCAAAUUUGUUUUUUCACUUGGUCUACUAAGGAAAUUUCUUGUGGUCUAGUUUAGCAAGAAGUAUCCUGUUCACACUCCUGAAGGGAGCUAUGCAACAGAAACUUAAAACAGAGCAGGGCUUGGAGUUUGUAUGACAUUCUGUGGCAGCUGGGACUUUUAAGUGGCUGAGCGGAGAUAUUAAAAAAAAAAAAAAAGAAGGGGAUAUUGAUUUCCACUGAGCUGAAGAGCUAUGCUUUCUACACUAAAGUGCAUGGCUUUUAUAUUUUGUGAAGAGUGUAUUUAUUACAUCAGUCUGUGCCUGCUGGCACUACUGUAGCAUCUUACAAAUCAAAUACUUGAUAACUGGAAAUCAAAGAGAAAUGUACAAGCUGAAUGAAACAGACAGAGAUACACUACAAAUAGAUACACCUGCAUGAAAACACCUGGAAUUGCUUGACCACUGUCACUCUUUGUUCAAGUUGUUGCCAGAGGAUUGUGCUGUUUUUGUUGUUGUUGUUUUAAACAUUUAAAAUGUAUUUCACCUGUGAGCUACAGAUUUCUGUUGCAGGGCCUUUGUUUUCCUCUUUCAGAUUUCUGGCUAAGAUUUCAGUCGUUCUGAUCUCCAAAAGCACUAUUUGAUACAAAUUAUGCUAAAAUUGAUAUCUCUUCAGUUGUGCAUGAAAUGAGGAAAAUGUUCUCAAAAGAGUUGAGAACAAGUUUAUUGCUUAAAUGGCCAGUAAUUAGAAUUGAAGUGUUGUCUCUGUGUGUGCUUAUCUUAUGAGAGGUGUAUUUUGUAUUUCCCUCUCACCUUCCACUUUCUUCCAUUACCUUUCACACUGCCUUUGCGGUAUAGUCUUUGUGAGUAUAAUAUGACAGUCCAUCAGAACUCUCUCUCAAGAAGCACGUCCUGGUUUUCCCCACCAAACGCUAUCAAAACACUCCAUUUAGUUUUAACUUUAGAUUAGUUCAUUAGUCACUCUAAUAAACUGAUCCUAUCAUUACAUUUUGCAUAGGAGGGUUUUGACAGGUCAGAAAUCCUCACAGAAAGUGGAUAUGAAUUACGUCUGAGAAAUGAAAUUGUAUUUUAAAAAGGUUCUUUAAUGAAAAAAAUUACAAACCAGGAAGGCUAGUCAUAGUUCGUUUUUAAUGAGCCGUAGUAGAGAACCUGACUUGACUCAUGGUUUGUCUUUCCUUUUCUAUGCCAUAAUUUUUCAUUACAGAUUCUGACAAAUAGAGAAAUAUUACUAUAAAAAUGAAAAUUUGGCCAUCAAAUCAUGGUCUAGGUUGGAAGAAGAAACAGCAUAGCAUUUAAAACUGCUUUCCAGUAUAUUAGCUGAAUAAAAUAAGAAUGGCUUCAUCCUUUUGAAAUGCAUGCAUACAUACUUUUGUGUAUGUGUGCGAACAUAGUUUAUCACAUUAAGGACUCAACUGGAAGUGUUUAUGUUGCUCAGUAGUAGAACAAACUAGAGAAAUAUUCCAGCUGAAAUCAUAAAUUUGCCAUGAAAAAUUCUUAAUUCUUUGCAGAAUUUCCUUGCUGAAAAAGACUUUCAAAUACAGAAUGUGAUUUAGCAUUUUGUCAUAAUCUGAACAAACAUCAAGCCGAUGCCUGGCCUUAGCAAUCUUAAUCUUGGCUGAUGGUGAUUAUCUUUGUGGCCUCGGGUAGAUCAGUUAUAGUUAGUUGAUCAGUUUUCUGCAGCAUAAGAGCAGUGUGGAGUGUUCAACUUUCUGCGUGAUCUCAUUAAAGAUUAAGAGGUUUUGAGAUUUCUAUAUACAUCUUAUGUAUUUAUUUUAUGUUUACAGUCAGUUUUAUUUGCUGCUGUUAUAAAUGAACAAGCAAGUUGAUUAGGUAUAAUUCUAAUACAAAAAUUACUUCUGCCACACAGUCCUACGCUUGCUUAGUUGCAGCAUCAGUUUGUGACAUCAUUGUCUAUAGGAAGGUAAUCACACAUCCAGAAUUAUUUUAUCAAGCAUAUAAUAAAUCAAACAGAAAUGGCAAAGCAAUCCUUUUCUAGUGACUAGAAAUAAAAAUUGACAAAAACAAAGGGCAAACUGUGCUCACAGUACAGGAGAACUGUGCAGUACCUUAUUCUAAGAUUUUCUAGCAUAACGUAGGUUUCCAAAUUCUAGGGCUUCGUAGAAUUCAUAAUUCAACUUGACUGGAAAAUUUCAUUUUUUGUUUGAAAAGAUUUGCUCCAAACUUUCACCGAGAUGGAAACGUAUUAUUUUCUCUGGCAUAGAAAUUUCCUGUUGUCUAGAGAUAGUUCCCUGUUCUGGCAUAACAGAGUUGAACAUUUAUCCUGCAGAAUCAAGAAAAGUAUGUUGCCAGGAGAUCAUUUAGUUUUUGUUCCCUUUUGCUGCAUACUAUUAUGGUCAUACUGACCACAUGCCCUGCUCUGGUCCUAAUUGCAUCUGUGUAAUUAACUGUAACAGCAUAUUGCUAAUAGUUUAAUUCCUUAACACAAAUCUAGUGGGUAAUUCAAACUGGAGGAAAAAAAAAAAAAAGAAGAAAAAAAGGACUAUUGUGGCAAAUCUGGGCAUGUCUCUGAUUCUUCUAAAAUACCAUUUGGCUUCUAAUUUGACUUCCAUUCUAUUGGAUGAUAAUUAAGAAUUUUUAGCUUCUCAUUUGUUAAAUUGUAAUUUUACUGACACCAACUGUAUACAGAGUCUUCUUACUACCUUCAGCUUGAACCUGAUACUUCAAAGCUACUGACUGCAGUACUACUAUGUUUUUAUUUUCAUAUGAGAGUAAAAUUUUUCAAACUGAGAAAAAGCAUUCCUGGUUUGGGCUGGAAAUAGGAUUGCUUUGAAAGGGCUGGAGUCGUUAAAUAUUGGUGGAAAGCUUAGUAGAAUGAAUUUUAAUUAGUAGAAUAUAUUUCUAGCCUUCUGCAAGUGAAAAAUCUUCCCUACACCUCCUCCCACUUCAGGUAUUAAAUGGAUCUUCCCUACAUGUAUUUCCUCUCUAGAAAAGCUGAAGUAGGCAAACAGAGCAGGUGUUUGGCUGCUUCUGUAAAGUCAGCUUUGCCCACGUGUGCAGUAAUAUGGGGGAAGUGGUCUCCCCCCACAUCACCCCUCUCCUUUUGCACUCUUAUUCUUUUCUGAGAAAAUUUUAAGUCAGUCCCAUUUAUUACAGUACAGGUUACAUGCUGUGUUCAUGAAAUCUGUCACAAUUGCCAUGAACUGGACUCCUCAGUGGCAGUCUCAGCAGAGACUCUCAAACAGCACGAUAACUAAUUUCAUUAUUUUUUGUUUCCCUUUCCAUUAUAUUUCCAUUACAUGGUAGAGCAUGUUAGUGAACCAACAGGUUAAGUACAGUUUGUUGUGAUUUUUAAGGCACCAUUGGUUCAAAUCUUAGCAUAGAAUUGUUAGUCAUAAUUUUAAAUUCCCUUUAAAAAAUUAAUAUAGCAAAUAACACAUUGAAAUAAAUUUAUCAUGUGUCACUCUUGAAUUUUUCUAAUUAGAUUGUCUUGUAAAAUUCAUUUUCCAUUUCAGUUGCAAAAAAAAAAAAAGCAUUUAGCCUUUACCAAGUCAACUGAAUUUGUUUUGUUUUGUUUUCCUGCCAUGUCAGUGAUUAAAUUCCAUUUUCUAUGUUGGAGCUGAUUCUGAAAACAGGGAAAUGACAGUGACCUUUAAUAAUAAAUGUUAUUAGUUGAUCAUCUCAUUUUCAUAAUGAAGCUUCAGUGUGUGUGUGUGAACUUGUGUUUUCUGUGUUGUUUUUGUUGUAAAUUUGGAAAUCUCUGCUGUUGGUUGCUUCAAGGAGUACCCUAAUUUUUAUUUUUAUGAAGUUAGUGUAGUAUCUGACAGUAUAAGUUUUUUUUCUUAUUGCUAUGUAAGUAAUUCAUCCCCACUGUAAGAUACUGUGAUCUACAGUGUGGGAGAUGAAAAAGGUAAAUGUUCUUCACUGUACGCACUUUUCCUGUGCCCAUGGAAGAGCUCAGUUGUGCAGAAUGUCAAAUAUCUGAAGGCAUUGGAACAAGGUUUUGAAGCAGAAAGCUUUCUUAGCUUUGUGGUUUUAGUCUGGUACAUCUCUGGUUAUCCUCCAGAACCAUGCAACUUUUCAGUAGUUGAACACUGUCUGGGUUGGUAUAGUCAAAGUUAUCAGUAAGCAGCUUGGAUGUAAGGUUUUGCUCUACUUCUACUUCUCCUUCUUCAGCCCUCCACUGCUACUUGCUCCAAAAGGGAUGGUCCCAGGGAUGUAGGAGGGGGCGUCUGCUGUGUUUGUCAUAGUCUCUGAACUUCAAUUUUUUCCUGUUUGCACAGAAAUUUAAAGCAUGCUAUUCAGUCACAGUCAUUUUGCUGAUGGCCAUUCCAAUGCCUCAGGUCCCAGAACUGCAUUUCUAAACACAUGAUGAGCACUUUUAAUGUAUUACAGUACACACUAUUGUUACAGAAAUUUAGUUAUAUAACAAGUCUUUAUAAUGGUUUUAAAGUAUUUUAUUAUGAAUCCCAGUUACAGAUACAGGAAUUAUAUAUAUAUAUAUAUAUAAUAUAAUAUAUAAAUAUAUACAUGGCAUACUGAGGGAAUCUAUGAAAGUGAUUUAUUACAUUGUGGCGUAAAAUAACAGUGAGCAAACUUGAAUGGGGUUGGAUAUGUUAAAACUGGCUGACAUAAAAUCAGCCUAUUCAAGAAUGAGUAUGUUAUAUUUGCUGUACCACUAAGUCAGGCAAAUAGUCUUUUCUUCCUUGUUCCUCACUCUGGGUGCACCUUAUCCUCUCAUGGAGCAAAACGGUCUAAAUUUCAUCUGUGCAUUUCACCUUUUCAGCUAAUGUUAGGUUUAAAAAAAAAAACACCAGUGUCCAAUCCAUUUCCCAUUGUUUCUGACAUGCCUUGAUUUGUUUGGUUGUCUACCGUUUAAUUUAAGCCAUUUUGCUGACUAUUGGAAGUUUACCUGAUACAAUGUUAAUAAAGUACAUUUAUAACUUUUUUCCUUUCAUUUGCAAUGUGUAACGAACUUUGUGAGUGUCUGUUGGGGAAACAAUGUGAACAAAGUGGACAUAUCACCUUAAAACGUAUAUGCAGCUAUUAAUUCUAUAUUGUUGAAGCGUUAUUGAUGAAAAUGUUUCCUGGCAUUUCAUGGCUUUGUCACUGAAAAUAAAUGUGCAUAAUUAUAUAUGUAAAAUGGGAUACUUGAUUUUUGUCUCUGACCCCGAGGUUAUGUUUGUGCUGUUUAAAAAAUGCACCUAGCUCUCAUCUGUAAGGUGAAACCUUUACCUGAAACUAAUUUGAAUUCUACAUUGUAAAGGUGUUAGCAAAGGUCAUUCAAGAAUGGGUUCACUUGAUUUUUUUUCCUUACAACAGCUACCCAAUUUCAGCUAUGUGAUGUCCUGUUGAGAAUUCUUUGGAUGAUUUUUAAACUCAUUUUUUUACAGUGGGUUGUCUUUCCCUGAGACUAUCUCUGUUACUUAAACCAGCCCCCAGCUACUAAGAACAGCUUUAAGUACAUGUGCUUGUGUUUUAUAGGCUUCAAUUUGUCAGUUUGGACCAAAAAAAUCUAGAGGUUUUUUAAUAAAUACUCAUUACAACAGACACAAGUAAUAGGCUUCAUUAAUCUGAAUUAAUGGCUUUAUUAUUAUAUAAUGGCUUAAUUAAUGGCUUCAUUAAUCCUUUUACUGAUUAGUAGUAUAUUUCAGUGGGAUUUGGAGAAAGAAGGUAGAUGUUUCACCUUACUAGAGUAAGAGCCAGUAAAGAGGGCUGUGUGUGUGUGUGUGUGCAUGUAUGCAUGUAUGUGUUUAUAUACCCUUUUAACUGUUUGAUUAAAGAAAAACAAAAUCAUAGCAGUACAGAAAUCCUUCUAAGCAUUGUGUCAAGUGUUCCUUCAUAGAUUUAGUUGGAAUUACAUUUGCUAGUGCCUAAAAACAGCCUUUCUAGCAAUCAACUUUUCAUAUAUGUUUCUUGAUUUAUGUUUCUUACUGAUGUGAGUAGCAGAGCUAAUGUCUAUUCUUUGCAACAAAUAAGUGAGAGGGUAUAUAAUACAUAAGGGUUACUAAGACUGGCUACUCAUUUUUUGAAUGCUUGCAUUGUUCUGUAGAAAGUGUUGCACAAUACUGAAUAAGGGUAAGGGGGAAUGGUCUGGUAAAUGGAAUACAUAAAAUGCUGAGAUAGGUAUUACACACUAUCAAAACAAUAUUGCAGCCCUGUGAAAUUUUGUUUGUGCAAAAUGCAAACUAGGUAAACUACUAGCUUUAUUGCAUUAUAAUUUAUGUUUUAAUUGUGGUAAGAGAUGAUGAAUGCAUUUGGUGCCCGAUCAAAUAAAUUUUCAUGACAGCUUUGCAAGGCUGGAAUAAUUAUUUCAAUUGUGUGGGAGUUAACUGCAAUGGAAUUGAUAACUGUUACGGAGUGAUAAGUUUGAAGCAGUCUGUGAUGGAAGUAUACUUAAAUAUGUACUAAAAAAAUGAUUUUCGCAUAUUCUUGCUUGUGCUUGAAAUCUGUAGUUUUGUAUAUGGAUGACAAAAAACAAAAUACAGGCUUUGUACUUUCCCAUGCGGACACAGGAUCACCCCCACGCACAUGCCAAUCCCAGAACAUACUUUUAACAUCAUUCCCCAUAAUUUCAGAUUGAUUUUGCUAUUAUAUAACGCCUUGGUGCGUCAUGUAUGACUGGUGGUGUGAUGCUUCAUGGAAUGUCUCUUUACAAACCCUUUCUUUUUUUUUUUCUGUUUUGAUAAUGUAGAAGCUAUUAAUAAUAAAAUUGUCUGCACUGUGUCAGUGUGCCACAAAUAAUCUUCAGAGUUUUGAUCAUUACUACCCUGGAAUUAAUUUUGAUUUUUCACUGGUUUUUGGUGUGGUUUUUUGUUGUUGUUGUUGUUGGUUUGGUUUGAUAUUUUUUCUCCAUUUUUUCCACUUUUACUUACUUAAUUGUUCUGUUAUGAAAAGCAGGUGGCAUUACAAUUAAUAGUGUGGUUACUUCAAUGUGAUGAACUGAACCGUGGCGUUAUAUAAUACCAAAAUUUAGUUUUUUUGAAUCACAAAUAUCAUACUUGAAUAGAGAAGAGUGUAUUCAAAACUUUCUUCAAAAUGCUAACGGUUACCUUUUGGUAUUUCAUGUGGUAAAAUAUAUGUGCAUGCUUGUGUGUGUAUGAGUGUCGUUAUAUAAAAUGAUGUAACAGAUAACAUUUUCUGUUUGCUUUAUAUUCUAGAGAUUUCUUUCACAGUUUUCUUCAGUAGUUUGUCAUUGACAUAUAUGCUAUAAUGUUCUAACCACUUUUUUUGGGGGGGGGUCAAAUUUCACAAUUGUAGUUAUGAUGAAAAAAUACUCUGUUCUUUUCUCAACAUCAUCUACCAUAUGUUCUUUGGUCUUUAAAUUCAGUCUCCUUCUUUGUAUUUGUUUUCUUCAUGGAAUUGGAGUAACUUUUUUUUUCCUCUUUUUUUUCCUUUCAAAAUUGCAAAUUAAUCAACCUAAUUUGCAGCAGUGCAGUCUGAAAAAGUUGAUAUUCUUUCUCCCACUAUAACAUAUUUUACGACAGUAGAAAUUGGUCUCAGCACGUGGAAAAACUGAGCAUGGUACAUAAGGCGUACCAAGUCAAUGUCAUUAGUUAUGUCCCUUAGAGUACAUAAGAUGCCUGAGUCAAUGUCCCUAGUUUUCCAGAGGCAGAUGCUUCAGAAUCCCUUAAACACCAGAGACAGACCAUCAUUUAAUUGCGAGACUGAUUCCUUUCUGAUUUUCAUUUAUUUGUUUUCUAUAAACUCAAGUAUUUCCUGAUAUUACUGUCAAUGAUAUACGGGGUGUAAUGAAAGUCUUCAAGACAAACAGAAAAAGUUUUUGAUUAUAUAGAAUUUACAUUGGUUUUACAGUAAAAAUGGUGACUUCAUAGCCACUCACAAAUUGGCAAAUUUGUGAAAGUUUCAAAUUCAGGUGACCCUGUUCUCUUUUUGUGUCUUCAGAAAGUUCCAUGGUUUUGAUUUCCUCUAAGACCUCUUUUCUUGUAUACCUCUGUUUAAAUUUGUGUAGUAUUCACACAGCAUUGAUUCUUGAAAGCCACUGUCUAGAAUGUAUAGUUCUUUUCUUUCUCAAGGAAAGUUGUAUUAUAUUUUUUCUCUAGCACUUCUUCCCAUAAUUGUGUGUUAUUUGUCAGUACAUCUAUUUCUCAGUACUUUCUUUAAUUGUUAAAAAGAUUUUUGUAGUUGGAAUUUGGAAGGAGCGAGAUGAUUUGUUGCAAUAGUAUAUGCAGUGGAAAAUGCAUGAAAUUCUGAGUAUAAGUCACUUUUACCAAUUUUUUGUAGAUAACCAUAAAUUGUAGUUUAAGUACUGUAUGUAAUUUUUAUGCAAAAAUUUAAAUGUCUCCUGUUUAUUUUCAUAUUAAAAAGACAAAGUCUUGCUCUGAAAAAUUAGUGCAAUAGAUCACUUUUCAUCAUAAGUUUUGUAGCUACUAGAACAUUUAGAAGUGCCUAUUUCUAUUGUAAACGUAAGAAAGAAAAAUGUACAAAUCUGAAAAUUGUAUUCAUUUGAUACAUGCUUUUCAUUAUCUUAUCUUCCAUAGGCACCAUAAAGCAGUUUUAAGCCUAACUGAUUAAGUAAUAUUGAGAGAAGCCUACAACUUAGCCUCUGGUUCAGGACUUAGGAGGUUUCACUCACAUAUUUGAAAGGGAUGAAAAUUUACUCUUGAGAAGAGGGGCAAAACCAAAAGUCUUUAAGUUGCUCUUUUCACAAGUUAUGUGGAAGAGCGGCUUGGUACUAAAAUACUUUUCCUCCACACCUCCCAAAUUAGAUGCUUGCCUGGGGCAUUUGCCAUGCAAUCAAAGCCCAAGGUAGUUAUAUGUAUUGUUAAAUGCUGCAGGUGUUAGAGGUAACAACCUUGUGAACUAAAGAAGCUAGGGCAGGGAUGUUGAAUUUGACAAGAUUUUCUUUAAAUAAUAUACUUCAAAAGACCUUGAGAUUGUAAAUGUAUGAUUCCUUCUUCUUGGCUGGCUUUUUGAGGGAAAAGUGCACAACACUGAAUGAGUGAAGUCACAGUACAGAACAGUCGCAUAGUCCUUCUGACUUGGACUAGUGCAUGCUCAGCUGCUCUUUGGCUUGUAAUUAUCUUUUCCUGUAUUUUUUCUUCCUUUUGCUUCUUUUUUUCACCUUUGUUUCUGCUUUUCAUCAUACCUUGCAGUCUUCUUCACACAUUUCACCUUACGUGAGCUUAAUUUCCUUUUAUGACAAGGUUACUCAUCUAGUUGACCAAGGGAAGCCAGUUGAUGUAAUCUCUUUGGAUUUCAGCAAAGCAUUUUAAACAGUUUCUCACAGUAUCCUUCUGGAUGAAAUGUCCAGCAUACAGUUAGAUAAAUGAUGCAUAAUGCAGCGGGUGAAUGGUUGGGCUCAAAGGGUUAUAGCAGAUGGGGUUGCAUCAGGUUGGCCCAAGGGCUCCAUUUUAGGGCUGGUUCACUUUGAUGUUCUUAUAAAUGACUUGUAUGCAGGACUUGAAGGUAUACUAAGUAAGUUUGCGUAUUGCUAAAUCAGGAGGAGCUGUUGACUCCAUUGAGGGUAGAGAGGACUUGCAGAGAGAUCUUGACAAAUGAGAGAGCUGGACAAUCACCAACCACUUGAAUUUUAACUAGAGCAAGUGCUAGAUGCUGCCCUUGGAGUGGGGCAACUGUGGCUGUAUGCACAGACUGCUGGGGCAGGAGAGGCUGAGGAGUGGUCCCACAGAAAGAGAUCGGGGUGUUCUAGUGGAUAACAAGUUGGAUACAAGUCAGCAGUGUCCUUUGGCAGCCAACAGGGCCAGUUGUAUCCUGGGGUGCAUCAGGCACAGCACUGCCGAUCUGGUCAAGGGAAGGGAUUGUCCUGCUCUGUGCUGGUGCGGCCUCACCUUGAGUACCGUGUGUAGUUUGGGGUGCCACAAUAUAAGGAUAUAAAAGCAUUAGAAUGUGUCUAAAGGAUAGAGCAGCAAAGAUGGUGAAGGGUGUAGAGGGCAAGAUGUGUGAGGAAUGGCUGAGGCCCCUUGGUUUGUUCAGCCCCGAGCAGAGCAGGCUGAGGGGAGGCCUCAUGGCGGCCUGCAGCUCCCUCACGAGGGGAGCGGAGGGGCAGGCGCUGAGCUCUGCUCUCUGGGGAUAGAGACAGGACCUGAGGGAACGGCAUGGAGCUGGGACAGGGGAGGGUCAGGUGAGGGGUUAGAGAAAAGUUAUUCACUGAGAAGGUGAUUAGGCACUGGGACAGGCUGUCCAGUCAUGGCACCAAGCCUGAUAGAGUUCAAGAAGUGUUUGUACAAUGCUCUUGGACAUGUGGUCUGAUUUUUGGGUGGUCCUGUGCAGAACCAGGAGUUGGAUUCAAUCCUCAUGGGUCCCUUUCAACUCAGGACAUGCUAUGUUUCUGUGUGUUUUGCUUUUCAGCUCCAAUUUGCAUGAAUCUGCUUGGGCUUGUAUACAUUAGACUGAAGCAUGAAACAUUCAGUUACAGGACACGUUGUUUUUAUGCAAAGUAUCUUAUUGCAAAAUGGAAGUUCACUGACCAGGUGAAGAAUAAAGAUGUGACUAUAUUAGAAUUAGGAAGUUGGGAAGAGAUGAAGUCUUGUAUUUCUCUUGCUAUCUUCUAAAAUUUUUGUCACAUUUAUCUUUAAAAUGUGACAUUUCCCAAAGGAGAUGAUUUUCUCAAUCAACCCCCCCACCCCCCAAAUAAUAAUUUAGAAACUGUUAGAGGAAUAUGUUUUAAACAAAGAUUAUAUUUAUUUUUUGUUAAUGUUUUUCAUAAUGUGUGCUUUCUUUUACUCACUGCAAAAAAAAAUAAAUACUGCAGAAAUAAACAUAUAAGAAGUAAUUCAAACCUAAGCAGAAGAAACUGCAAUAGAUUUGUGCAGAUCAUACAAAAUCAGCUCUUAAAUAGACAUAAAUGCUAGUAAUAGUUAAUUUCUAUUUUCAUUUUAAAAGUAUGAAAACCAUGUUUGUGCCUUUGGGACAGAUGGGGCCCAAGACAUCUCUGUGAUUAAUUGCUUUUUCAGUUUUGUUUUGUGUUUUGUUUUGUUUUGUUUACGUGAUGCCUGCAUACAUGUAUACCCACUUAUUUGUAUCAACAACUCUUCUACACUUUGUUAAAUGUUUGUUCUUCCCUUAUAACUGGAAGCUCAGAUGGGAAUGUGGUCAGCAUUGGUCUCACACUCUUUGGUAUCCUGACAGCAGGCACAGAGAAUUUGCACUCUUAUUUUCAUGAUGUGUAUGUGAUUGUAUUUGUCAUGUUGCUUUAUGUAAAAUUGUUGCACUUCUGGCUGGCACAUGAAAGCAGAAAAAGAUUCAAGGUAGUCAGGGACAGUUGUGGUUGACUGGAUGGUUUAGGUCCCUGUAUUGCUACUCCCUGGUUGCACAAAGUUAUGAUGUCAGCUCUGGGUAAACUGGUGCAAAACGUAAGUGUGCAUGACAGCAUUUUGGAUGUGAGGGCAUAUACAUUAACAUACGUAAGCUGUUACAAUGGAUGGAAGGCAGUCUUCACAUUUAUUUUAAAUCCCAAUGUAAAAUUUCAAGUUUUCUGUUGAUUAUUAGAAACUACC